AAAUUCCCCCACCCCAUCGGCGGUGCAGCCCUUCCUAUCACUUUUCAUCCAUCUAAACUUCCCACUCUGGUGGUAGGAUCCAAUCGUCUAGCUUCGACUCGUGUGUAUAACCUUUUGGAAGCGGAUGCUAUUGUUUUGGUCGUUUCUCCUCAAGAACUGUCCCGAGCACACGAUGAAAUCAUACAUCGUUCUGAAACACGACAAAUACAGUAUCAACAACUCAAUUUUGAAGAUAUGAAAUCAUGGAUUGACUUUUUAUCUUUUAAUCGUAUUGGCCUGGUAUGUGUGACAGAUACUUUGAUCGGAUCGUCUCAACGAUCACAAACCUCCGCUGAAAUCAUAUUCAAAGCUUGUACCUCUUUACAUAUCCCCAUCAACAUCUCUGACAAUCCAUCAUUAUCCACUUACACAUUCCCCUCCGUUCACCGAUAUCCAGGCGUUGAUGGCAAACCCAGUAAUCUUCAAAUCUCAGUAUCAACCAACGGUCGGGGAUGUCGUUUAUCGGGUCGUAUCAAAAGAGAAAUCAUUUCAAAACUUCCUUCCGCAGUCGGAGCAGCCGUUGAUAAUGUGGGGCGGUUACGAGAACGAGCAAAGUCAUCUUCACAUACUCGAACACAAAAGAUUUCCGAAGACGAUAUUCAUACACCUUUAAAUGAUCCCGUUCCUCAACUCAAUACGAAAUCUCUUCUCAACCUCGCUUCAAGACAGUUAGCGACAUCAAUCACGGAAACCAAAGAAGAAGAUACCCAACUGCGACGAAUGCGUUGGGUUCAUCAAAUGUCAGAAUACUAUUCCUUCGAAUCAUUAGCUCGUAUGACUGAAGAAGAGAUGGAUCAUGCUUUAGAAACAUGGUCUGGAACACCUCGAUCCAGUGCUUUACCACAUCAUGAAUCCCCCUCUCAUUCAUCUAUCCAUCCCUAUGUCCAAUCAUCAAAGAAAGGUCAGAUCUACCUAGUCGGUUCUGGACCUGGUCAUCCUUCUCUUCUCACGGUGGCAGCACAUAAAAUACUUCGUAAUGCCACAAUGGUAUUAUCAGACAAAUUGGUUCCUUCUGAAAUACUCGCUCUCAUCCCAUCACAUACAACACUCCACAUAGCUAAGAAAUUCCCAGGAAACGCCGAAGGAGCUCAAAACGAAAUGAUGCAACUAGCCCUUUCCGCUGCUCAGAAAGGCGAAAUUGUAGUCCGAUUAAAACAAGGCGAUCCAUUCGUUUAUGGUAGAGGGGGAGAAGAAGUUCUUUUCCUUCGAGAACAUGGUUUCGAAAGUAUCGUCAUACCUGGUUUAUCAUCAGCUUUGGCAGGACCAUUAAUGAUGGGUAUCCCUGUCACACAAAGAGGUGUUUCUGAAAGUUUUAUAAUGUGUACAGGAGUUGGAAGACAAGGGAAAAGUGUUAAACUUCCUGGUUAUGUCAGAUCAAGAACUUUAGCAAUACUUAUGGGUGUGGCUAGAAUACGUUCUAUAAUUGAAGUUUUGACCUCGGCAGAAGAAGGUAGAGAUGGGAAAGUUUAUCCGAGAUAUUUACCAAUUGCGGUUAUUGAAAGAGCUUCAAGUAAAGAUCAAAGAGUCGUUUUAUCAACUUUGGAAAAUGUGGAAGAAGCUUUGAAAAGUUUAGAGGAAAGACCACCUGGUAUGAUGUUAGUUGGUUGGGCUGUAAUGUGUUUGGAAGGGAAAGGUAGAGUUGAUAUUUUAGAUUCGAAUGAAGAAGAUGAAGAAUCGAUAGUGAAUGAUUGGUUAAGAGGUCAAAGGUGGAAAGUUAAUGAAGGACUUGAUAAAGUUUGGGAGGAAAUGUCAGGUGAAUGA